AUGAGCAAUAGCGGCGGGUCAUCUCCAUUUCUAGAAAGUCCUAAAGGUUCACCUAGUAUGGACAAUAAGAGUAUGCACAAUGAUGGACAAGGUAACCGUCAGAUUCAAGCACUGCAAUUCAAAUUAAACACUUUACAAAAUGAAUAUGAGAUUGAAAAAUUACAGUUACAGAAGCAGACGAAUAUCCUGGAAAAGAAAUACAAGGCCACGAUUGGUGAAUUAGAGAAAUCAUUAAAUGAUACGAAAUAUCUGUAUGAUAGUAAUGCUAAAUUGGAAUACGAACUACAUGGUUUAAAGGAAAGCUUAAUUAAGUCUACAAGCGACAAGGACAAACUUAUACAGGAAUUACAAACAACUCUGCAAAACAAAGAUUUAAACAUGGAGAACUUAAAACAGGAAUACGAUUCCAAGCUAUCGAAAGUGACAAACCAAUGUGACCAUUUCAAGCUGGAAUCGGAAAGCUCACGUUCCCUUUUGAAGAAGUAUGAAAAUGAAAUAAAAAGACAAAGCGUAGAUAUCAAAGAUUUACAGCAUCACAUCAUGGAAAAGGACGAUGAAUUAUCCACGUUGAAAGCUUCAAAGAUGAUAAAUUCCCAUCCAAACUAUUCUACAGAAGAGUUCAAUGAGCUUACCGAAAUGAAUAAGAUUGUUCAAGACCAAGUUCAAUAUACCAAAGAAUUAGAAGUAGCGAACAUGCAACAGGCUAAUGAGCUGAAAAAAUUGAAACAGUCGCAAGAUUUCUCUACCUUUUGGAAACUAGAAAAUGAAAAAUUGCAAAAUAAGCUAAAGCAAUUCCACGUACUAGAAAGCCAAUUUGAAGAUUUACAAUUAGAAAACAUUGAUUUGAAAUCGAAAUUAACGAACUGGGAAAUUUAUAAUGAUAACGAUGAUAACGAUGAUGAUAAGGCUAAAAAUAAUCUGCAAAGUAAUCCCGAAGAGAUUAUUCGCGACUGGAAACUGACCAAAAAGGAAUGCUUAAUUUUGACAGACAAAAAUGAUAAACUAAGGCUAGAUAAUAACAACUUAAAACUUCUGAAUGAUGAAAUGGCUUUGGAGAGAAAUCAAAUAUUAGAUUUGAACAAUAAUUAUGAGAAUAGCAUAGUAAAUCUGAAGAGAUUAAACCACGAACUAGAACAACAAAAGAGCUUGUCCUUUGAAGAAUGUCGAUUAUUGCGAGAACAGUUAGAUGAUUUGUAUUCUGCACAGAAUAAUGUUUUGUCAGAAACAAAUGAUUGUAAAACUCAUAUUCCGGACGCGAAUUUAAACGAAGACAUGAACAAUUUAUUGGAUAAAUACAAAAAUAAAACUGAAGAUCUAACGAGUGAAUUAAAAAAAUUAAACGAUCAGUUGUUAUCAAAUUCCAAUGAUGUGGAAACUCAAAGGAAAAAGAGGAAGUUAACAAGCGAUCAAAUAGGCUUAAAUUAUUCUCAAAGACUUAACGAAUUGCAACUUGAAAAUGUAAACGUUUCGAGAGAACUAAGUAAAGCGGAAACUACUAUCCAUCUAUUAAAAAAAAAAUUAGAAAAAUUGACCAGUUUAAAGGAGAAAAGAAUUCGCAUAUUACAACUGCGCGAUGGUCCAUUCAUUAGUGAUCAAUUUGUCAAGAAGAAUAAACUACAUCUCUUACAGAAGGAAAAUUCAGACUUAUUGGAGCAACUGAAACAGAAAAACUCUACCAUCGAAACGAUACCAAUUUCUGUCUAUGAUUCAUUGAACUUCGAAUUGAAACAAAUUGAGCAAGAAACAUUCAAGUCAAAUAAGAGGUUUUCCAGGCUUAAGCAGGUCUUUAAUAAAAAAUCAUUAGAGUUUAUUGAUGUCGUGAAUUCAUUACUAGGUUUUAAAUUGGAAUUCCAGCAGGAUGGUCGAGUUAAGAUAUUUUCUUGUUUCAAACCUGAAAGACAUUUGAUUGCUGACUUAAACGAAAAUACUCUGAAAUCAAAUCUUGAUUCAGAUAUAGAAGGCUGGGAUGAUCUCAUGAAUUUAUGGGUUGAAGAUAGAGGUCAACUCCCCUGUUUUUUAGCAACUAUAACAUUGCGCCUUUGGGAACAACAACAGACCAAAUAA